AGAGUUAUCAAUGUAAUUUGUUUACGUAAUUAUAUUUUAUUUAUUAGCAGGAAAUUAAAGUUAUAAUAAUUAUCUUCAUGUGAUUUUGAAAGGUUUGGACUUCGCACUUUGGCAAAAUGGCAAUUUUAAAAACAAAUAACGGGUGAUUUGCAACUAAUAAAGUGCACAAUUUCUGGUUUUUCCGCUAUAAUUUAUUAUGGCACUUCAAUCUGUAGUUCCUGUUAUAAUUUGCUGGUGAUCACUGAAGGUAACUCUGUUAAAGCUACUUCUUAGCCGAGCAAUUGACUGGACUGAGAGCAAGAUUAGAUAAGUAGCACUCGAAAUUGUAUAAAUCUAGGAUCAAUCACAAUUGGGAUACCUGCUUAUUGGAAUCUGAUAUAAAGAUUUAGUGAGAGAAUACGCAGAAUUUAGCAUGGAUGCUAAGAAUGCAAACUCCGCUUUGCAUCCAAUACUCAAAAACUAUUCCAAUGGUGGUAGUUACAAUAGUCCCGAGUUGCACGUUGAAAGGCCCAUUUAUCAAAUACAAGAUCUUCAUAAAGAUACGCUCUACGAAAAACCAUAUUCCACAGUAAAAACAAAAGCAGCCAGUUACUGCAACUCAAUUCACCCAGCUCAGUGCCUUUUAGAUCGAAUACCAUUGUUAAGAUGGUUACCCGAGUACAGUUGGAAGAAAAGCUUUCUAUCGGACAUUAUUAGCGGUAUCACAGUAGCAAUUAUGCAUAUCCCUCAGGGCAUGGCUUAUGGGCUGUUAGGCGGUGUUCCACCAAUCAGUGGAAUUUACAUGGCUUUUUUUCCAGUUCUGGUUUAUUUUCUUUUUGGAACUUCAAGGCAUGUCUCUAUGGGUACGUUUGCCAUUGUUUGUCUCAUGACGGGAAAAGUUGUUAGCGAGCAUGCAAAUGUGGAAAUAAUGCCAAAUGGAACCGAAAAACUUAUGGAUUCGUACACGGAGGGAUCUCUGAAACUCACCAAUGUGGAAGUGGCCGUAACAGUCACUUUCGGAGUAGCUGCUUUACAGUUAGUGAUGUUUGCAUUACGACUAGGUGCAGUUUCCAGCCUGCUCUCCAACAAUUUGGUGAGUGGAUUUACAUGCGCGUCCGCCUUUCAUGUAGCAUCUUCACAGUUGAAAGAUCUUUUAGGCCUUGCCAUUGGCAAAAGACGAGGCAAUUUUUCGUUCAUUUAUACCCUAUACGAUGUGGGAUUGGCUCUACCAAAAGCAAACUCAACUGCUGUAAUGGUGUCUUUAAUUAGUUGCGUUAUCCUGAUGUUAAACAACGAGCUAUUCAAGCCAUGGCUGGGUAAACGAUUUAAAAUGCCGUUUCCGAUCGAGCUUGUGGCAGUUGCAUUGGGCACAGGGAUAACAUAUUUUUCUGGAAUCGACAGAACGCAUAAUGUUACAACUGUUGGCUACAUCCCGACUGGAUUGCCUGAGCCUGUGAUUCCAAUAUUCAAUUUGCUCCCGGAAAUAUGGGUAGAUGUGGUUGUAAUUACAAUGGUAUCCUAUACAAUUACAAUGUCGAUGGCUUUGAUUUUUGCCAGGAAACUCUUGUAUGAGGUGGAUUCCAAUCAGGAACUUUUGGCUUUGGGCUUAAGUAACUCAGUGGGUUCCUUCUUUUCUUGCCUGCCUGUAACAGCUUCAUUAUCCCGUUCGAUGAUCCAGCAAAGUGUUGGCGGCGUUACUCAAUUAGCCAGCGUGAUCAGCAGCAUUCUACUGCUUAUCGUGCUUUUAUGGGUGGGCCCAGUUUUCCAGACCUUGCCCCGAUGUGUCUUGGCCAGUAUAAUCGUCAUUGCCUUAAAAGGAAUGUUACUGCAAAUUAAAGAUCUACCUCGUCAUUGGCAUUUAAGCCGAUGGGAUGGACUGGUCUGGGGAAUAACAUUUUUCGUAACGUUGUUUGUACAAAUUAGCAUCGGAUUAGCCGCGGGUGUAGCUGCUUCUUUAGUCAGCGUUGCCGCUCAAGGAUUAACUCCACGGGCCUCAAUUUUAGGACGUUUGGCUGGUACUGACCUGUAUUUGGAUUUGAAAAGACACAAAGCGGCCGAAGAAGUUCCCGGUCUAAAAAUCAUCCACUUUGUUGGAGGAUUAAGCUUUGCUUCGAGAGAUUCGUUUAAAGAGCUGUUCGUGCAAAAGGUUGGAUUCGAUCCUACAGCUAUUUUGAGGAAGAUAGUGAAACUGCGAGAGAGGGGGAUUCAAAUGGACGCAGAAGAGCAGAUGAUAACGAAAGGAAUAAUUAUCGACUUUUGUUCAUUAACAUUUCUGGAUCCUUCUGGCGUGAGUUUUCUUAGGCAGUUGCAAUCGGAGCUGGACAGUUUGAAUAUAACUUUGUACAUAACUGGAUGUUCAGGUCGAGUAUAUGAAGUGAUAACUAACUGUGAUAGAUGGGAGAAGAAAGAUAGCAAUUUUCUUAUUUUUCCCACAGUUCAUGACGCUGUGCUUUAUAAUCAAUCAAACGGCUUAAUAAAAGAUAUUGUAGCAUUUGGUGAAAAAAAUAAAUAAGAAUUAAGCUUUAUUAAAGCUUAAAGCAAAUUGAUGAAAAGAAACCGUCAUCAACUCAGUCAACCGAAUUUACUGUAAAGUAGGAAAUUUUUCUCAUUAUUCAAGAUAUCGUACGUCAUUAAGCCAGUUACUUAAUUUGUAUAUUAAUAAUUGUACGUACUUUC